AUCUGCGAAACUUGUCAAAGUGCUGAGGCCACAUUCAAUUGUGUGACUUGCACUGGUAACCAUGGCUGGUGUCAGCCCUGUCUGAUCAAAUCACAUCAGUCAUUGCCUUUCCACAAAAUCCAAUUCUGGAAUAGUGUAUGCUUCCAGGAUGUCAAUCUGUCCAACCAGGGAUUUAUAUGGCACUUAGGCCAUGGGGGAGAGCCUUGCCCUUCGUAU